AUGUCUCAUUGCUCAAUCCAUCCCUUCAUCUCGAUCAUUUGCGCCCUGUUCAUCUCUCGUCUCUCCACCUGCGCCACAUUUUUAUCUGCUCAGCUACUCGCCAGAGUUGGAUGCGACGUCUUCCCCAACCCUUUUGAAUGCCUUCGAACGGGGGUCUCUGUCGAGUCUCUGACCGUGAACACUCUGGGAGACAUCAUCAAUGUUGACAAUACGCAGAGAAGAAAGGAGCUCAAAUAUAUGUGGGCUCAAGAGCAAAUCGUCAAUCCUUACGCCGACGAGGCAGCAUACUACAUCAUUCCUCCGUGGAGGAUGGUGUUUGAGUAUCCAAUGCCGGACUUGUCAACCAUUGCAGACAAACUGCCUGAA